AUGAUUUUCAACAACACCCGCGCCACUUUCACAACGUUCGUUGAUACACUCCUACCCGAUAUCUCUUCGCCAUAUGAGCAGAUGGAACCGGAAGGAAAACACGACUCCGACGCUUUGUCUGCUGCAACUCAAUCCUCUCCGUAUAUCACCGUCAUCCGGGAGAUCGACACCGACUUACAAAAGACUAAAGAUAGAAUCACUAGCAAGUUGUCUGAAAAAUUGGCUAACAACUUCCAAUACCGGAGCAAUUAUACAAUCUUCAACAGUAAACGUACAGAUGAUCAAACGAUCCGAGUCAUAGCUCAAACUCACGAAAUUGUAUGUGCGAAAUUCAAAGAAGAAUCAACAGCACCUAUCAAUGCGAGAUUAGAUCAGAUGGCACGCAGAAUCGAGAUAGUGGGCAAAGAUCCUGCAACAGAACUGAGCAAACUUGUACCAGAGCUUGGAGUGGAAUAUAUGGGCGGGAGAAAUAGGUUCAAAUUGUGCUUGGGUCUAACCGGCUCAGAGUACGAGUGUGAUCUUUCACCUGAACUGAUUAAUCCCAUGUCUUUCAAAAGCUCAUUUGAUACGAGUGGGGAUGCCAACAGAGAGAUGUACGAGAAGACAGCGACGGAAAUGUUCGGAGGGAUAUCUAUAGGCGAGUGA